AAAUUUCAGAAGUAUUUGGAGCCCUUGAAAACCCCUGAGAAUGCGAAUUUGCUCGACGCCAACCUCGUUGAUGAAAUUUUUUAUCAGAUUCCAUUUUUAUACAACCACCACCAAGCAUUCCUGGCCGAGUUGAAGAAGCGACUGGAGCAAUGGGGCGAGAAACAGAAAAUUGGAGACGUUAUCCUGGAUAUGUUCUCAAAAGCAGUCGUCAUCGAUAGUUACACGAAUUAUGUUAAUAAUUGGAGGAGAGCUAGAGACAUUUGGAAAAAUGCCCAGCAAACCAAACCUGCAUUUAGUAAAUUUGUGGAGGCCACUGCUAGGCAGAACGCGCGCAAACUCACCCUGGACAGCCUCCUCAUAAAACCCAUCCAAAGAUUCCCCAGGUACGAACUUAUCCUACAAAGACUGAUAAAACACACCGACGAACACCAUCCCGACCACAGCUUCCUCUUGACGGCUCAGCAGCAAGUGCACGAGCAACUGCUGAAGAUCAACUGCACCGAGAGAGAAACCCUCGAGCUAGACCACCUGAGAGAGAUAGAAGGCCUCAUCGACGGUCUCAUAGAACUGGCAACACCGGAGAGACAGUAUAUCAGGCACGAUCUGGUCUCGAUGUCCCACGGCAGCGGGCCUCGCAAGGAGAGAGCUCUGUUCCUCUUCUCGGAUAUCUUGCUAAUAACCGGCAUUAAAAGAAGAAGUGGAACGGUAAAGAGACCGGUACAAGGUCAAGGCGUCACCGGCACCUUAGAGGCCAACAAGUACAAGCUGUUGAUGAAGAUACCCUUGGAGGACAUCGACAUCAUCAGGUCCAAAGAUGACAACUCGAAGCAGAUAUUGCGGGAAGUGGAUAAUUUGACUGAAGAUAUAUCGGUGUUGAAUCAGAUGAACGAGCUGGCUUGGUCUUUGCACUGCAAUCAUGCCCAGCUGGAUGAGGUUAUCAGGGAGAUGUUGAGCUCGUCCAAUAAACAGCUGGCUGACCAGCAGAACAGCGAUUCACAGCUAGCCUGCUUAGAUCUAACGAUUGCGAUUCCAAAUGGAUCAGAAAGCGUUGCCAUUAUAUUUUCCAAAACUGAGAAGAGGACUUCAUGGGAAGAAUCUUUGAGUGAGGCCAAACAGAAAUUGGCUCUGACCACCGACAGACGGCCGUGCCCUGAGCUGCUGGCCGCGGUGCCGAUACGUAAGACGCGCGCAGGCCUCCAGUUCACGUGCGCCGCGCCCACUUUGGCCGAGGCCGGCCGCGACGUGUGGGUGUGCAACAGCGACGGCUACGUGGGCCAGGUGUGCGUGCUCAGCCUGGCGCCCGAGCCGGAGCCGACCGUCAUCUCCUGCAACGGGGUGUGCAACGCGAGGAUCCUCUGUAUCGCCGCCGUGCCCGGAAUCGACAACGGAUCUCCGGGGAGAUGCUGCCAAGAGAAGGAGGAAGUGGACAGACCAAAAUCCAUGCAUUUCGAUAGUAGCUCGUCCAGUGAGGACGAGGAUAAUUGUGAUAAUGAAAUGAACGAAGAAUCCCAAAGGGUGUUCGACUUCGAAACAUGUAUGGAAGAUAGUGAGGAUACAGAUAACCAGCAGUCGACGAUGUGGCUGGGCACUGAAGAUGGUUGCAUACAUGUGUAUAAUUGUUGUGAUAAUAUUAGGAUAAAAAAGAACAAAGUGAAGAUUCAACUAGGGACUGCGAUAUUCUCAAUUAUAUAUUUGGAUAACAGAGUUUUUGCUGCGCUUGCAAACGGGGACAUUACUGUGUAUCACAGAGAUAAUGCAGGAGGCUGGAACAUCAGCACCCCGACCACGUGCACAGUAGGCUCCGCCACCUCCCCCGUCACCAAACUCGUUCCCAGCAUGGGCAGCCUGUGGUGCGCAUGCGGCAGCAACGUCAAGAAGUUCAACACCGACACCUUGACGGCAGACAACUGUUUCAGCGUCAACGACAAGGUGAUCACGGGGAUGGUGAUAUGCGGCAACGGGGUGUGGCUGUCGCUGCAAAAUUCUGCUGUGGUCAGGUGUUACCAUACGGUCACGUUCGAUCUCGUUUGCGAGGUGAACGUGGCGCCUUCUGUCACGAAGAUGUUGACGAGCUGCGACGACAUCAUCCGGCAGCACAAAGCCGCCUGCCUCAGAGUGACCUCCCUGGUCACCUGCAAGGACCUCCUCUGGAUCGGGACCUCAGCAGGCGUCCUCCUCACCAUGCCCCUCCCCCACAUACCCUCCACAGUCAAAAAUACCAGCAUCCCGACAGUAACAGGCCACGCAGCCGCUAAUCAGGGCCACGCAGCAACACCUCAGGGCCACACAGGCACUACACAGAGCCACGCGGCCGUUCUGCUGGGCCACGCGGGCCUGACGGGCGUGCCGCACGGCCACACGGGCCACGUGCGCUUCCUGACGUCGAUCGAGAUGCCGGGCGGCGGUGAGGCACCGGCUCACCGGAACUCGUACAAGGCGAAGCAGGAGGCGAGGGGCGGGACGAAGGUGCUGGUCAUUUCCGGGGGGGACGGGUACGAGGACUUCAGGACGUCCAAUUUGUCGGAGGUGGCUGGCAGGGAGGACUCGACGAACCAUUUGCUGUUGUGGAACAUUUGAGGUGGUCGGAGAGGGGAUUUGGGGGGUGUGGUUGUUUUUAUGGAUGAAUGCAAAAAUAUGGUUGAAGUUGGCAAUGAUGUUUGAAUUUGUGUGAGUACAGGGUGUUUCCUAAUAUUUUACCCUAAAGCUUCAACUAUACGAGGUGGAAGAAACUUCAGAUAUUAAAGUUGUAGGGUUUCAUUUCAAUUACUUUUUGGCACUCUUUGAAUGAACAAAAUAUUAAAAGUGCAAAUCAUAUUUCUCAAAGUGAAAUAUCUUUCUUCUAAAUUUACAGGGUGUUUCAAAA